AGGGGGGAGUUUUCCUUUCCUCUCUCCCCCCCCCCCGCCUUUUUUUGGGUCGCUCUCUCUCCCUCUGCCGUCGCCUGCGGUGGCUGUUAAAUUUUAAACGGCCCUGCGGUCGGCUUCCAGUAUGCUGGGAGUCGUGAAAAUGGAAGGACACGAACACGCGGAGUGGAGCAGCUACUACGGCGAGCCGGAGGGCUACUCGUCCAUGAACGCGGCGGGCCUGGGCAUGAACUCCUACAUGGGCAUGGGCGCCAUGGGCCCGGCGGCCAACAUGGGCCCGGUGUCCGGCGGCGGCGCCAUGGGCAUGUCCUACGCGGCCGGCCCGGCGGGCAUGAGCCUGUCCCCGGGCGCGGGGGCCAUGGCCGGCAUGGCCGCCCACCUGAGCCCCAACCUGAGCCCGCUGGGGGGCCAGGCGGGCGGCAUGGGCGGUGCGCUGGGCGCCUACUCGGCCCUGAGCCCGGUGGCGGGCGGCGGCGGCGGCGGCUACGGGCAGGCGGCGGCGGCGGCGGCGGCGGGGCUGGGCCGCUCGCGGGACGCCAAGAGCUACCGGCGCAGCUACACGCACGCCAAGCCGCCCUACUCGUACAUCUCGCUGAUCACCAUGGCCAUCCAGCAGUCGCCCAACAAGAUGCUGACGCUGAGCGAGAUCUACCAGUGGAUCAUGGACCUGUUCCCCUUCUACCGCCAGAACCAGCAGCGCUGGCAGAACUCCAUCCGCCACUCGCUCUCCUUCAACGACUGCUUCCUGAAGGUGCCCCGCUCGCCCGACAAGCCCGGCAAGGGCUCCUUCUGGACCCUCCACCCGGACUCCGGCAACAUGUUCGAGAACGGCUGCUACCUGCGCCGCCAGAAGCGCUUCAAGUGCGACAAGCCGCCCGGCCCCAAGCCCCAGGCCGGGCAGACGCAGCAGCAGCAGCAGCAGGGGGGCACUUCGCCGGGGACCCCCGCCGGGCCGGGCAAGAAGCCGUCGGCGCCGCCGCCGCCGCAGCCGUCGGAGCGCGACCCGGAGUCGUCGCCCCACGCGGGCGCCUCGCCCUGCCACGAGCACAAGCGCGCCCUGGCCGACCUGAAGGGCCCCCCCGAGCCCGCCCCCUCGCCGGCCCAGCAGCAGCAGCAGCAGCAGCACCUGCUGGCCCAGCACCACGCCCACGCCGGACUGGCCCACGAGGCGCACCUCAAGGCCGAGCACCACUACGCCUUCAACCACCCCUUCUCCAUCACCAACCUGAUGUCCUCCGCCGAGCAGCACCACCCGCAGCACCCCCACGCGCACGCGCACCCCCAGCACCCCCACGCGCACGCGCACCCCCAGCACCCCCACAAAAUGGACCUCAAGGCCUACGAGCAGGUGAUGCACUACGCCGGCGGCGGCUACGGCUCCCCGGUGCCCGGCGGGCUGGCCAUGGGCUCGGUGACGAACAAAGGCGCCCUUGACGGCCCCGGCGACCCCUCCUACUACCAAGGGGUCUACUCGAGGCCCAUCAUGAACUCGUCCUAGAGAGCCCGGCCGGCUUCGGGGCCCAGACGCGGGCAGAAGGAGAGCUCAAGAGACAACCCCCCCCCCCCAAAAAGCCACCUGCCCUCCGCCCCUGCCCAGUCCCUUUCCAACUGUUGGCCACUGCUGGACGGACUACGAACAGCGGAGGAGAGCAACGUUUCUCGAGCCUGAUUUGCGAUAACAACAGGACUGUUUUAACAAUAGACUUACUACGGGAAACCCCCGGGCCCAGCGGUUGACCUCCGGGCGCAGCUCCUCAGAAGAGAGGUCUCUCUGGAGUCCGCUGUCCUGUAAGCCUGGCGGUUUUUGUCCUGCCCUCUUCUCACCAGCACCAGGAAGGCGAGCAGGGGCAUUGGGGGUCGCCGGUUCCAGGGACCCCCGCUAUCCUCCUAUCCUCGUGGUUGUUUUCCAGACAUCGACAUUAUUUUUAUUUCCUUUUGGAGCCUUCUUUCUUUUUAUUAUUAUUUUUUUCUAGGCCACUCCUUGUACGUUUGGUUUUUUCUUUGCCUGUUUGUUUCUGGGAGUUUGAAAUAUGUCUAUUUGGGGGGUACGAAAGCGACCCAAAUAGAAGUGUGUGUGGACCGAUGUUUAGCGCGCAAAACGGAAGAUCAAAAGACUUACUCGUAGCGUUGUGAAAACAAAAACGGAGAGGGAAAAGACGAGAAAAAGCGAAAGGACUUCUAGCCUGCAAGGGACCCAGGAGGAGGAUGGUUUCAUGUUAACCAGGAGAGUAAACCACUCGGAUCGCAUUAAUUUAUCGUUUCUGUACGCUUUAUUUAUGGCUUAUAAAUGUGUAAUCUGGUAACGACCAGCCAAAUUCUCACAAACCGAUAUUAAAAUGCUGUUGGAGAUUUCUCCCCCA